GUGAGGCGGCACCUGCUGUCCGGGGCGAGCGUGGUGCUGGACCGUUGCAACAUGAGCGUGGAGCAGCGCGCCGAGUUCCUCGCGCUCGCGCGCAACUGCAACGUGCAGUCGCACGUGCUCGUGUUUAAGCUCCCCGUGGCGCUCGUCGUGCAGCGCGCGGUCAACCGAGUCAACCACGAGGGCGGCGUGCAGGGCCCCCGGGCUGCGAGCAUCAUACGGCAUCAGAUGAAGAUGCGCGAGCCCCCUGCAGCGGUGGAGGGCUUUCAGCGCGUCACCGUGUGCCGCACCGACGCCCACGUGGACCAGGCGCUCUCCUUCUACCGCGCCCUCCGCCCCUCCGCUUUUGCCGCUGCCAGUGGUGGCGGUGGUGCUGAGGGUCCUGGCGUAGUGGGGCUGCAAAGGGCGGGAGGAGGAAGCCUGGAGGUGCAAGGAAUGCAGCAGAGGCACGGGGGAGAGGAGCUAGACGCGCGGGUACGGGAGAUGCAGCUGGGGCACUGGAGAGAGGGGGAAGAUGCGCAAGCGCAGGGACAGGGAGCAGAGGGAGCAGAGGGAGCGAGCCAGGGAGGAACCCAGGAGCGACCAGCCGCGUUGGGAACGAGGGGGCGAGGGGAGAGGCAGGGGGAGGGGGAGGGGGAUGUGGAGGGGGGUGGGGAAGGGGGGAAGAAUGUGGCGGAGAGAGGGGGAGAGAGAGGAUGGUAUGGGGACGGGAAGGGGAGGAAUUUAGUGUGGAGGGGUGAGAAGAAGUGGGAUGGGGAGGGAAAUGGGAGGGCGGUAGAGAGAAGGGGAGAAAGGGAGGGCGAUGGGGAUAGGGAGAGACGGGCGAAAGAGGGAGCAGGAGGGGAGGGAGAGCAGCAAAAAGCACUGAGAAACCGAGAAGAAGAGGAGGAGAAGCAAGUGCGAACCAUGUCGUUUGGUCGUAGUCAAGGUGCGGCUGGUAGGGUAGACGUAGGCGUGGGAGCAGUAGAGUCACGUGCCUCUGUAGCUGCUUCUGUGACUGCUGCUGUAGCUGCUGCUGUGCCUGCAGCAGAAGCAGUGGCAAGCAGAGCAACGGAAGGUAGGAAUGUGGGCACAAGUAGAGUAGGCGAUCAUAGUACUUCACAGGCUGGAGUGUAUGAUGUGAGGCGGUUUUUCCGUGCCAAACCGCAACAGGAAGCUGCUAUUAACGGGGAUGCGGGGAUGGGCAACAGCGGAGGGAGGAGAGAUGAGGUUGAUGGAUGGAGAUGCGAGAAACAUGGGGAAGCGACGACAGAAGCAGAACAGAGCGAGAAGGAGGAGCAGCGGAAGCAGCAGAUUGAAGAACAGAGGCUGCGGCAGCAGCGGCAGCAGUGGCAGCAACAGCAGGAGAAGCAGCAGGAGCAGGAGAAGUGUGAAAUGGAGCGAUGGUGGAAGAGAAGACGAGUGCACACGGAUAGCGAGCGAAACGCAGGCAUCGUGAAUGGGCGGGGAGAGGCCCUCGUGGAUGCGCAGGGGGAAAGGCUCGUGGAUGGGCGGGGGGAUGGUUGCGUGGAUGGGCGGGGGAAGGGCCGAGGAGAGGUGGGUGAAUGGCGACAUGUGCAGGCACAUGGGAACCUGGAGAGCUCGUUUGGGCUGAGGCAAGACGGGUGUGAGCAGAUUGCUGCUGCCGCUAAUGAAGGGGCCGAGAAGAACGAGGGUCGACAAAGAGGAGGGGAGGGGGGAGGCAAGGGCGACGAGCACGAUCAGCAGAGGGAGGAGCGCAGAGAUCACCGAAAGGUGGAUGGAAACCAGGGAGAGGAGCAGGACGAUGAGAUAGACGAGGAGGAGCAGCAGCAGCCACCGCAGCCACCGCCACAGCAGCAGCAACAGCAAGCGCAGCAGCGGGAGGCAGCAGGACGGUGGGUGCUGGCGUUUCCGUCCAUCUCAACGGCUGACUUCAAGUUUGACAGGGAGAGGGCGGCUGCAGUGGUGCUUGACUGCGUCACUGAGUUCCUCUGGCGCAACGGGGGCAGCAGCCACGGCAGCACCACUGCCAGGAGUGCGGGCGAGGGCAGGGUGGGUGCGGAGGGUCGUGAGGGUGGUGGGGACUGUGAGGGUGGUGUGGGUGGUGUCGAGGAAGGGGAGAGGGAAGGGAGCAGGUUUGAAGGGAUGGUUAUAAGUGGUACUGGUGCUGCCACUGCUGCUGACGAUGGUGGUGGUGGUGCGGUUGCUGGCACUAAUGUUGAUGCUAGUGCUGCUGCUGCUGCUGUUGCUGCUGCUGCUGCUGCGGUAAGGGAUGCACUGAGGCGAGGGGGGAACGGCAAUGGGAACGGUGACAGUAACGGUGCCAGUGGAAUGGGCAGCUGUAGCGUGAAUGGAAACGGAAACGGAGGUGAUAAUAACGGUGCCAGUACCAGACACAAACAGCCUGCAGCAGCAGCUAAAGAAAGACCCUCAGCACCUGGAGAAACGAGACAAGCAUCACCGCCCAGAGCACCCGAGAGCAGACAAAGAUCGCCGGCAGGCGGCAACACAUCGUCUACAGUGUCUGACUCCCCGCCGAAGCAAGAGACGCUUGAGCGCUGUCCAAUCCUGGACGUGGUAUUGGUGGAUCUCUCGCCCUCCUCUGACAUGCUGAGGCGAGUGAAGCGCUUGGCUCGCCAGAGGGGGCUGCCGUUCGUUGAAUCUGGACGGCUUAGGCGAGGAGCGGAUGGUGGAGAGAAAGACAAGGCGAGACGAUUCAUUCUGCAUGCCGGGGAUAUCACCAAGAUGAGGUCGGAUGGCGGCAUUGAAUGCCACGUCAUCGCAAACUCGGCCAACUGCCGUCUGUUACCGGGUGGGGGUGGAGUGAAUGCAGCCAUCCACAGUACUGCCGGCCCCAGCCUCAUUGAGGCUACACGGCGGAAGUGGCAGCAGCAGCAGCAGCAGCAGCAGCAGCAGCAGCAGAGGCAGCAGAGGCAACAGAAUGAGACCCAGCAGCAGCAGCAGGCAGCGACACAGGAGAAGCAGGAUCCCCGUGAGGGGGUAAGGCACGUGGUGCACGUGGUGGGACCCAAUAUGAAUCCUCGUCGCCCCAACUGUCUGGAUGGUGACUAUAACGAGGGCGAGAGGCUGCUCAGGUCCGCGUAUGGGGCGCUCUUUAGAGAGUUCCGCCUGCUGGCCAAGGGGGGAGAGGAGGGGCGCGCGGAGAGGGCGGAUGGAGGGGAGGAGGGAGUGGGGAGAGUGAGGGCGAGGGAGCAGGGUGGAGAUGGGGAGAGAGGGAUGGAAGGGGGAGUGGAAGGGCGAGGAGGUUGGGGGGUUGUGGGGGAAGGUCGGGUUGGGAAAGAGGUAUUGGUUGCAGCUGAGGGUGGGAUGAGGGGAGAAGGGAGGAGGUGGGUGGAGGAGGCACGUGAUGGGCUUGCAGGGACGAAGGUAAGAGAGUCUGUGGGAGGAGAGAGGGGAAGGGAGGAGAGAGACAAUGGUGGGUCGUGGGAGGAUGGGGUAGGUGGCGGAGUGGGGAUGAGGAGAAGAGAUGGAGGUGCUGGGGGUGAUUCUGGAAAGGGGAAGAGGAAAGCUCGUGAGGGUGAGGGUGAGAGGGACGAGGUCGACGAGAGGAGAGCAGUGGGAGCGGGGAGUAAGAGGAGAAGGGACGAGGAGGGGGGAGGUGAGAGGGAGGGCGAGGGGAUUAGGGAGCUUGAAGGGAAAGAGAUGGAUGAUGAGAAGCGAGGGGGGCAGGGGUUUGGAGGAGAAAGGAGAACGGGAGGACGGGAGAAUCUGGGAGGGGAAGCGAGGGAGCAGCAGCACCAGCAGCAACAGCAGCAGCAAGGCAGGGAGGAUUCAGGCGUGGGGAAGGGUGAAGCUGCACGAGAUGCAUUUGCGGUGCUGAUGGGGAGGGGCAGGAAGAGAAGGGCCGAUCACCAGGUAAGGGUUAAUGCCGACGCUGCUUCAGACGUCCUCCCCGAAGCUAAGCGGCACGCACGGGAUGCGGAAAUGACAAUUGGAAUCGGCACGGUGGUCGCUCUUCCUCCCACCAUUGCCCAUAUGGUGCAAGAGAUUCGCAUGCCUACAGGGGAUGGUGGUGAUGGUGGUGGUGGCGGCAGCACAGCUGCUGCUGCCCGUGCUGCUGCAGCUGUGCAGUUGAAAGCAGCGGCCGCAGCAGAGAGAGGGGCAACAGCAGCGGAGGCAAGAGCAGAGUUAGACGCACGAGCAGCAGCGCUAGCACGAGCAGUGGCAGAAGCAGCAGGGAAGGAAGCCUUUGACCCUGCAGGCAGGCCAGAAGGGGCCAUGGUAGCCCAAGCCCCCUCCCCAACCACUGUUAUGUCUUUCACCACCUCUACUACCCCUAGCAGUGACACUGGCACCGCUUCCACCUCAGCUGGGGCUGACUCCACGUCAGCCAGAGCUGAUUCCACGUCAGCGGGAGGCGAGAGAGGGUUUUGGUCGCGAGGCGACAGUUCAGCAGCUGCUGCGGCGGCUGCUGUGGCGACAGGUGCUACGAGUGAAGGCUGGGGAGCUGGUGGGUCGUACGGUAGAGGGAGUAUGAGGAGGGAAGGGCGUAGUGAUGGUGUAGAGAGGGAAGCGAGGCGAAGGGAAGGUGAUGGUGGUGAGUUGGGAGUUCGAAGGGGUGCUGAGGAGUUGACUGGGCGAGAAAUGGGGGCGAUGCGUGAGAUGGGGAUGGAUGAGAGGGUUGAUGAUGCUGCCGAUGCUUAUGGGGGAGAGGAGGCAGAGGGAGGUGUUCAUUUGAAUAGCGAUGGUGGCAGGGGCAGAGAGGAUAUGGCAUCACUUGUGGCACCAGCAGCAGCAGCGGAAGAUGUUCCAAGUGCUGCUGAUUCCCCUCCAGCGGCUCAGGUGCCCUCUGUGGACCCCCAGGUGGUCACAACAGAGCGCCAGGUGCCACUAGCAGAUGCUCAGGUGGACCGGACGGGCAGCGCAGGCCGGCAGACAGCAGGAGAGGCGCGGUUGGGCUUUGUGGGGGGGGCAGGGGAACAGGCGAUGGGGGUUUGGGUGGUCCGGGGAAGGGCAGCAUUCCGACCGAAUCUUGAUAGAGUGGCGGAGGAAGAGGGACGAGAGGUGGUGAGAGAAGAGAGGCAAGAAGGGAGGAUUGGGAGGGGCGGAGAUGGGGGGGAUGGGGGAGCGAUGCUUCUCCAGCGAAGGGGUUUGGAGCAGGGGGGAGGUGGGGGGGAAGGUGGGAGGGGUGUUGGAGGGACAGAGAGAGUGGGGGGUGGUGAGGGUGUGAGGGGAGAGAGGGGCUCUGGAGGAGGGAUGCAGUGGUGGAGGAGGAGUGAGGGGAGGGGGGUGAGAGGGGGUGAGACGGGAGGAGAAGAAAGAGGAAAUGCUGGUGGUGGAGGAGGGGAAGAAGGGGGAGGGGGAGGGGGAGGGGGAGGAGGGGGUGUUGGUGGUGGUGGGGGUGGGGUUGGUGGUGGUGAUGGUGGAGGGGGGGGAAUGGGGGUAGGAGGAGGAGGAAGGGCAAGUGACUUGCGAGGGGUAGGGGGAGGCACAGGAGGAGCAGGGAGCGGAGGAGGAGGAGCAGGAGGGGGAGGGGGAGGAGGCGGAGGAGCAGGAGGGGGCAAGCGCAAGGAGGGGCAUGGUGGGGCGGAAGGUUCCUGGAAGCACGCGCUGAGGGACAUUGCAAUGCGGCCUGAGAGGCACAGCGAUGUGGUGCUGUUUGCUGAUGCCUCCGUGGUGGUCAUCCGCGAUAAGUACCCCAAGGCCCAGCACCAUCUGCUGGUUAUCGCACGGACGGACGGUGUGGAACGCAUCAUCGACGCCACAGCGACAGAUCUGCUGCUGCUGCGCCACAUGCUGGCAGUCGGGCAGCUCUGGGCAGCACACUCCGUCUCACCCUCCUCCUCCUCCAACCCCACUCUUGGAUCUGGCAAUGCACCCAACCCCGCUCCCGCCUCUCACACUGCACCACAACAAGACAUCGUGCCACAGAAACCACCUGAAAAAUCUCCCGAUGCUGCGGCCCCAGGAGUGUCAGGUGCUGCUUCAGGUGGUUGGCCAGGGGGGAAUCCAGGCAGUGAAGGCGAGCAUGCAAGGGGGAAGGCCCUGCCUGGGAAGGGAGGGCUGGGUGUGACUAUAACGAGGGGCCCUGGGCCAGGUGUGACAACCGCAGGGUCAUCGCCACCUCAGCCACUGCGCUUCCGAUUUGGCUUCCACCAGGUACCCUCCAUGCACCAGCUGCAUCUGCACGCCAUAAGUCAGGACCUGGACUCGCCCCAUCUGAAGCACAAGAAGCAUUGGAACUCCUUCGCCUCACCCUUUUUCCGAGAUGCCGUCCAGAUAGAGCAGCACGGCCAUGUGCUGCCGGCUCUGCCGACCACCCACAUCUCCUCGUCUGUAGCCGGACAGAACCUCUUCCCAGGCUCAGGUGAGACCUCACCUAUGGCCCCCCCUGUUGCUCCAGAAGCAGGAGCGGGAAAAGGGAGUGGUGCAGCUGUAGCUGCGGCAGAGGCAUUGGGUGGGCUGGCAAUAGCAGGUGAUGGAGAGGGUAGGAGUGGAGAGAGGCUGGCAGGAGAGGAAUCUCGAAAAGCCGUAGCAGGUGCCGCUGUUGUAGUGCGGUCAAGAUUGGGUGCUUCUGAUGAGCUUGUAGGGGCCUUGGAGAAAGAGGCUCGGCAUCUGCUUCGGCACGAGCUUCGGUGCCACCGGUGCCGCAGCGUACAGCCGAAUCUCCCGAGGCUGAAGACGCACAUCCGCACCUGUUCUGCACCCAUGCCGGGUUCCCAAGUUGGCGUGGAUAGCAGUGGUGGUGAUGUGGUUGGUGGUAGCAGUGGAGGUGGAGGGGGGUCAGAUACCAGAGACUAG